AUGUCCGGGAACUUGUUUAGAGAAGGGUUCCCCGAGGAGCUCGAAACAGAUUGGUUCAGCAAUCAAGAAAUCGGUGAAAAACCUGAAAAUCUCGAUAUCAGCUCCCAUAACUCUUUUGAUUUGCAUGUGACAGGCCUUAAUCAAGAUCCUGAUCAGACAGACUAUACUAAUUCAUCUGCAUCUGUAACAGAUUUGUAUACUGAUGACAACUUAUCAUCAUUUUCUUGCUCAAAUUCAACUGCUGCACUCGAGCAAUGUUCGACCAACAAAAGUGCAGACGAAGUAGCAGACUCAUUCUAUCGAACGUAUACAGAAAGAAUGAGAUGGUUUGACACUCUCAGUCGUGAUAGAUUAUUCGGAAUAAAUGCAAUAGUACAUGGCUCAUGGAACAAAAUGGACAGAAAAACGAUUGCAAGGAGUUUGGAAAGUGACUUGGAGUUGAUAUAUGUGGCUCAAAUGUGUUUGUCCUGGGAAGCGCUCUAUUAUCAAUACAGACAGAUUGAAUCCAUUAUCAAUACUCAAAAAGAGGCAUCAUUCCAUAACUGUACUGCAGGAGAUUUUCAAAAAUUUCAGGUUCUUUUAGAAAGAUUCAUGGAAGAAGAAAAAUGUAAAAAAUGCAAAAGAUAUUCAAAUUUCAUACAUAAAAGGUUUUCCUUCAAGAGUCUACUCCAGGUUCCUGAGGUUAAAGGUUACGUUGAAGAAGAAAAUGGAACCAUAAGAGGAGAACCCAUCCGGGCAAGUGAAGCGUUUAAAGCUAUGGAGAAAUGCAUAAAAGCUUUUUGGUUAUUCGUAAAAUCAGAUGACAAACCCUUGUGGAAAUUCAAGAGUAUUUUGACGAUUCAUUCUCCCCGUGUUGAAGACCCUAAGGACUUGGAGCUCUUCUAUGACCUGACUAAGGAUCUACAAAAGAAAGGGCUAUUGUUGAAAGAUUUGCAAGGGAAGAAAAAAUUUUGGUUGAAGAGAGAGGUGAAUCCCAUGCGGAGAGAAUCAGAGAAAAUAGAUGUUUUAUUAACUACGAUCGACAUGAAGCUGGUGGAAAUAGUGCUUAAAAUGUCGAUAAUAUCCACAUCUCACUUGAAAUGGUGUCGAGAAAAGCUUAAUAACUUGGAGUUCAAGGAAGGUAAGAUUUUCAGGGAGCACACAGGACAUUUAUUUCCAACAUUCUAG